CUGGACUGCACUUAUCAUCAACCGAACAAGAAUUUUUACCUAACAAACUCUUCAAUUAACGAACCGAAAUCAAAUCCACGAGAAAAAUGGCCGCGCCUAUGGAGAAGAUGAUUGAUCCUGUCGAGGUGGACGGUUGGAUAGAGCAGCUCGGUCAGUGUAAACAACUUGCAGAAUCGGACGUCAAGAGGCUUUGUGAUAAGACGCGGGAAAUUCUUAUGGAAGAAUCAAACGUCCAGCCCGUACGAUGCCCUGUAACAGUCUGCGGAGAUAUUCAUGGUCAAUUUCAUGAUCUCUCUGAGCUCUUCCGGAUCGGUGGAAACUCCCCCGACACCAACUACCUCUUCAUGGGAGACUACGUGGACCGAGGGUACUAUUCUGUGGAGACUGUCACUCUUCUCGUUGCGCUAAAACUUCGCUACCGCGACCGUGUUACCAUCCUUCGAGGUAAUCACGAGAGUCGACAGAUCACGCAGGUGUACGGCUUCUAUGACGAGUGCUUACGGAAAUAUGGAAACGCGAACGUAUGGCGAUUCUUCACCGACCUCUUCGACUACCUACCCCUCACUGCCCUUAUCGACAACCAGAUCUUCUGUCUGCACGGCGGCUUAUCCCCUUCCAUUGACACGCUCGACCACAUCCGCUCGAUUGACCGUGUUCAGGAAGUGCCUCAUGAGGGGCCGAUGUGCGACCUGCUAUGGUCUGACCCGGACGAUCGGUGUGGAUGGGGGAUAUCUCCACGAGGUGCAGGAUACACAUUCGGGCAGGACAUUUCAGAGGCGUUCAAUCAUAACAAUGGCUUGACCCUGAUUGCACGCGCCCAUCAGCUGGUCAUGGAGGGUUAUAACUGGAGCCAGGAUCGCAACGUAGUCACAAUUUUCAGCGCACCGAACUACUGCUAUCGCUGUGGCAAUCAGGCCGCGAUCAUGGAGAUUGACGAGAAGCUCUCGUAUAGUUUCCUUCAAUUCGACCCUGCACCACGUGCUGGUGAACCGCUGGUGUCUCGUAGGGUACCGGACUAUUUCCUGUAAAGGACCACAUUCUCCACAUUCUCCUCCACAUACCCGUAGUUGUUGUGUACACAUUCGUGCAUUUCGUUACAUCCCUGUGUCCCUAUCUUCUCCGUUGUCGUUCCAUACAGUCCAUCUAUUAGUCCGCGGACGCGCAAGGAAUACAAACCAAACAUUAAAGUCGG